ACAGUUGUCAUUUAUCAUUGAGAUAGUGAAGUGUGAGCAUGGUUAUUGAUAACACACAUCAAAAAAAAUCACAUGAUUGUUUUUUAAUUGCCAUAAUCAGUGAAAAUGAUGACACCUGUAAUAAUUUUACUGACAAUUUUCACAUUAGUUCAAAGUUCUCCAUGGACAUGGACCUGUGAGAACGGUAAAUGUAUCAAAACCAGGUUACCAGCAAAUGAGAAACUGAUAUCUCCAGCAUUAUGUGAGUUGACAUGUGGUACCUACUCGAGAAUAUGGCCUAUGCCUACCAAAAGAUUCGAAAUCAUACGGGAAUUUGUCCCAAUUGACUUGGAAGAUGGCUACACAGGUUCCGGAACUCAUUCUGUUCAAUUAAAAGCAAUAGUUGAUAGAUUUUUCACCAUAACCUCAAUUUAUAACGACCACAAUAAGAACACAGCUCAAUUACCUGAUAAAACCAGAAUACACUUUAAUAUAUCAGACUUAGAAUCGUCAAAAUUGUAUUUUGACACUGAUGAAAGUUAUUCUUUGCAUAUAAUACCAAAUAAUAACAAUUGUGUUGAAAUUACAAUUAAAUCUGUGAAUAUUUUCGGUGCAAGACACGCUCUGGAAACAUUAUCACAGUUAUUGGUGUACCAUGAAAGUGAUCAGGUGUAUGUGGUACCCAAACAAGUUAUUAUCGAAGAUAAACCAGUGUAUUCAUAUCGUGGUCUAAUGUUGGACACAGGACAUAAUUAUGUCUCUGUGGCGAAGAUUAAGAGCGUUAUUGAAGGUAUGGCUGUCAAUAAAUUGAACACUUUACAUUGGCAUAUCACGGAUUCAUCUAGUUUUCCAUUCGUGUCGAAAUCUUUACCUUCUCUGAGUGACCUAGGAGCUUAUUCAGAUAAACAAGUGUAUUCUGUGGAAGAUAUACAGGGUGUUAUAAAUUGGGGAUUGGUUAGAGGUGUGCGGGUGAUACCGGAAUUUGAUGGACCAGCUCAUGUUGGUGAAGGAUGGCAGGAUAGUGGAUUAGUGGUGUGUUUCAAUAAACAACCAUGGGAUUGGUAUUGUAAGGAACCACCGUGUGGGCAGUUUGAUCCUACGAAAGAUGAGUUGUAUACAACAUUAAGUUUGUUAUACAAGGAUUUUAUUGAUGUUUUCGACCCGAUUGCUUUUCACUUUGGUGGAGAUGAAGUCAAUUUCAACUGUUGGCGAUCGGAAUCAUCCAUUACAACAUGGAUGUCAUCACAUAACCUCUCCACAGUGUUAGAUUCAGGGUACCUUCAACUUUGGAACUAUUACCACAAUAAAACCUAUGAAAUUUUUAUGGAAAACCUCCCAGAAACAAUCCCAGCUAUUUUAUGGACCAGUAAACUAACAGAUUUAGAAAAUUUACACAUGGUACCCCCUGAUAAAUACAUAAUCCAUGUUUGGACCAACGGUACAGACGAAACCAUCGCGAAUCUUCUCAGUAAAGAUUACAAAAUGAUUUUUUCUUAUUACGAUUCUUUAUAUUUGGAUUGUGGGCUUCAUAGUUGGGUUGCAGAUGGGUACAACUGGUGUGCCCCAUACACCACAUGGAAGAAAAUCUACGAAACAAGCCCGGCUGAAAUCAUAGCCGCAUUCGGCGCGGAAUUAAAUAAGCCUCAGUUGAUAUUAGGUGCAGAAGCUGCGCUAUGGACGGAAACGUCUGAUGAUCCAUCUGUUGAGAAUAGAAUAUGGCCGCGGACGGCUGCGUUGGCGGAACGCGUAUGGGCCGAACCCACGAGCAGCUGGGCUGCGGCGGAAUACCGAUUAGAUUCGCAUCGUCAGCGCAUGCUCAAAUUGGGUAUUCAUGCAGAUACUUUGGUACCGCAAUGGUGCUAUUUGAAUCAGGAUAGUUGUCGUCGUUAACACACAGACAAACAGCGUAAUUAUGAUAAGAACCUGUUUUUAAUCUUAAUGUAUUACAAACAAACAUUUAUUGAGUAUAAAUCGUUGCGGUUCCGUUAAAUUUUUUACAUUUUUACAGUUUUGGGCAAAAAUAUAAUAAAUUUCGGUGGUUAAUGAGCUAA